AUGCUGGAUCAAGCACUGCCUUUGCCUAAUAUAGGUCUCCUCAGCACACUGGUCGCCUCUGACAACUCAAUUAAACAGCUGAGUGGAGAUGUUCACAAGCUAGCUGCUCUAAAGGUGCUGGACUUCUCUAACAACAAGCUGACUGAGAUCCCCUCUGACCUGAGUGACUGCUCCAAGCUGAAGGAGAUUCACUUCAAAGGCAACAAGUUGAACGACAAACGUCUGGAAAAGAUGGUCAACGGCUGCCAGACCAAGUCCAUCCUCGACUACCUCAGAGGAAAAGGAAAAGGAAGACAGGGAGAGGACGGAGGUGAUGUAGACGGGGGUCGCAAGGCAGACAAGUGUAAAAAGCAGCAGAGGAAAAAGAAGGAGAAGGUGGCAGACGGACAGGACGAGGUGGAGGAACUGAACAAGAUGGUGGUGAGGGUUCUCCAUGUCUCGGACACUCCUACAGCUCUCACUGUCACAGUGAGUGCUGAGGUGAAAGAUGUUCGACCAUACUUGGUGUGCUGCGUGGUCAGAGGCCUGAACCUGAACUCUGGGAACGCACUCAAACGGUUCCUGGUGGCUCAGACAAAGCUUCAUGACGACUUGUGUGGUAAAAGGACCAUCGCAACCAUUGCAACUCAUGAUGUGCAGCUUCUCAAAGCUCCCCUGAUGUAUGAUGUCAAACCACCUACCCAGCUGAAGGUUGUGUCGCUGGGUCGGAAGCUGAUACCUGAUAAGCUGAUAAGACACCUUCAGCUGGAGGCGGAGGAGCUGAGGAAGCGGAAGAAGAGGCAGAAUGUCACUGGCCUCCACAAAUACCUGCAGCGUCUGCAGAGAAAAGAAAUGUAUCCCUGCCUAAUGGAUGGAGGAAAUGUGAUCUCAUUCCCACCUAUUACCAACAGGGAGAAAACCAAGAUCAAGAAGUCUACCAAAGAGUUGUUCGUGGAGGUGACGAGUGCAGCCAGCCUGCAGACCUGUAAAGAUGUUAUGGACGCUCGGAUUGUAAAAAUGGCAGAGUUGAACAAGUUCACGGCGGAGAAUCGGGAGGAGGCGGGAUUAGACGGGGAAGGGGAAGGCCCACAAGAGCCGGCGGCCAGCAGUGAGACCUCCAGCCAACUGAUCGUUCAGCAGGUCCGCACAGUGGACCAGGACGGCAACCUGAAGGUCGUCUACCCGUCGAAGACAGACCUCUCCAGUAACAUCAGCAACUUGACAGUUAUUUGGUAGUCGUUGCUGUGGACAACCUGAGGUUUACACUCAUUCACAUGCUCCAUGAAGUAAAUUUAAAGGAUUAACAUCGUGGGACAUUAAGGCUAAGGUUUGACAACAUGCAACAAAAUGACAUCCUUUUACUUCAGGGAGCACAGGAAAUGUGAUCCUAUAGAAUUUCUUGUGAUUGAAGUGUUGCCUGUUGAUGAAUGUAACAUUUCUGAUUUAUGUACAGCUUUUUGAACCACAUGUAGUAAUGUUAAUAAAUCCUUUUGCUGCUUUCUGAAAGCACGAUCAGCA